UAAUAAGAAACGGCGGAUGUGGUUCAGCUUCAGUGCCGCUCUACGGCUGUUAUUAUUAUUGUUUUUGUUAUUGUUAUUGUCGUGGCUGGAUGUGGAGCUGCUGCCCUUUGUGUGCGGAUCGCAUGAACUCGCGUUCAUCAGCGCAGACAUGGCCUUCAGACGGUCAUCGCGUCUGUUCAGCUGAAGCUUUAUGAUUCCGCUCGAGUUUGGGAAUAAAAACGCAGCAAGAUGCCGCAGAAGAUGCUGGGCUCCGUGGUGGGGCUUCUCUGCACAGGGGCGUGUUUGGUUGAGGGGAAGGAGUUUUGUUUUGGUGUGAACAAUGAACAGUACCGCUGUGAGAUGGGCUACUGCUGCGGAGAGACCGAGUGCUGCACGUACUAUUACGAGCUCUGGUGGUUCUGGCUGGUCUGGACCCUCAUCAUCAUGCUGAGCUGCUGCUGUGCGUACAGACACCGGCGAGUGAAGCAGCGUCUGCAGCAGGAGCAGAGACAGAGGGAGAUCAGUCUGAUGGCGUAUCAGGGAGCCUCCAGCGCCUUCAUCACUCCUCCUCCUCCUCUUCCUCCUCUCAACCUGCGCUUCUGGACGGACUGUAAGCUGCCCGACUACGAGGAGGUGAUGGCUCACCCGCCCACGCCUCCUCCACCCUACUCUCCUCCGGAGCCGGAGCCGGAGCCGGGGCCGGAGCCGGGGCCGCAGGAGACGCAGCAGGAGCCCGAGGAGCCCAGCGGCCGGCGCAGACACGUGACCGGAGACUCUGGCAUCGAGGUGUGUGUGUGCCAGCUGGACGAGGGCUCGGGGCCCGAGGAGGAGGCUCUGUGUCAGGGGCCUGCCGGGUGUGAUCAGGACUGAAGAGUCUGAGAAAGACUGUGUUUUCUGAGCAGCGUAACGCCUCGAGUGCGUCUCUGACUGCAACCCCCUCGCUUCCCUCUCACACACUGAACCAGUCAUACACACCACUGUUAGAUUCUCACAGCUGCCCCGAGACCUCAGCCUAGACACACUCGCUCGCUCUCUCUCACACACACACAGAGUGACACACACACUCACACACAGAGCGAUGCUCAGACACACACACACACACACAGACAGAGUGACACACACACACACACAGAGCGAUGCUCAGA